AUAUAAUUGCUUCUCCAAGCAGAUCUAAGUAGGCCAAGGCACCAAGCACACAUCCUCUAGAGCGAGUUUAGGAAUAAGAGGGUCAACGAGAGCGUGAAGAUGCCUUUGAUCGCCUCAUCGCCGCGAGACCGCAUCAUCCUGGGUCUGAUGACCUUUGGACCAGAUGAGAAAGCUGGGGCGCGCAUUACCGACGUGAACGAGUUCAACAAGGUUCUCGAUACCUUCCAAGCUCGAGGUUACAAUGAGGUCGACACAGCACGAGUGUAUAUAGGUGGCCAGCAAGAGGCGUUCACGCGGCAGACCAAGUGGAGGGAGCGCGGACUGACCUUGGCUACUAAGUUCAAGUAUCCAGGCGAACCCGGCGCCAACCAGGCCGCCAAAGUCGUCGAGUCUCUGGAAACAAGUCUGAAGGAACUUGGUACGGAUACCAUCGACCUCAUCUAUCUCCACGCAGCGGAUCGCGCGACGCCGUUCGCCGAGACCCUCGAGGCGGUAGACAAGCUCCACAAGGCGGGCAAGUUCGUACGAUUCGGCAUUUCGAAUUUCACGGCAGCUGAGGUAGCCGAAAUUGUCCUUACAUGUAAGUACAACGGCUGGGUACGACCGACUGUCUACCAGGGCAUGUACAACGCCAUUACGCGGGGCAUCGAGCCCGAGUUGAUACCGGCUUGUCGGCGAUACGGACUAGACAUCGUGGUGUAUAAUCCGAUUGCGGGUGGUUUAUUUAGCGGCAAGAUCAAGAGCGUGGAUAUCGACCCGGGCGAUUCCAGCCGCUUCAGCACCAAGAGCUCCACGGGAGUCAAUUACCGUAACCGGUACUUCAAAGAGAGCACAUUCAGAGCACUUCAGACUAUCGAGAAGGCCAUUGAAAAGCACCCCGGCUUGACCCUCAUCGAGACAGCUCUGCGCUGGGUGGUUCACCACAGUCAGCUUAAGAUCAAGGACGGCAACGACGGUAUCCUCAUCGGCGUUAGCUCACACGAUCAGUUAGUGAGCAACCUCGACAACUUGGAGAAGGGCCCGCUACCCGAAGACGUCGUGCAGGCGCUCGACGAGGCGUGGAAGAUCACGAAGCCGGACGCGCCAAAUUAUUGGCACAAAGAUCUGGUGUAUGCAUAUGACACGCGGGAGGCGCUAUUCGGAGCGAACGCGAAAUAGGUCGUGGGCUGUCGUCGAGUAGACUAACUACCUAGAUAAUCGAAAUAUCUAAUAUGCGGGUAGAUAAUGAAGGUCUUAAGAGGCUUAAGAGGAGUGAUCCAUGUUACCACACAAAUGCAAGAUCUGAUCAUGUAGCAUAGGAGGCUGACUGCUUUUUCAUACGCCUGACUUCCAAGGUACCUAGGUAGGUACUUAG